AAAUGUGAGCCACGCGCGUAAGCUGCAGCCACGCUGACCUCCCGCUGCCGCCGGCUGUGGCGCUCAACACCGGCAGCGAACCAAGGCAGACGCGCAGAGGUGGACAGCGGGCGGCGGUGACCUGGGGCCCUGGGGUCCGCAUGGCCACUCCCCGCCUGCCAGGGGUGUGCACCAAGGAACUCGCCGGCAGCGCCCCGGGCUUGCGGCGUCUCUGAGUCGCGCCGCCUGAGGGGAUCGACCCAGCUUUGCCGCGGCCCCGCGGGCAGGAACCUGAGGAGCACUAGGCGGCUGUUCCUCUCACAGGGCGAUGUGGCCGGCCGGAGCGAGCUCCAAGCUGCCCUGCCCCCGGGACUCUGCGCUCCGGCGGGCAGCUUUCUCCGGGAACCUGGCGGCCCUGCCUUCUCACCUCGUGCCCGCCGGCCGCAGCGUGCGGGUCUUCAUCAGCGCCAACCCCGAAGACACAGGAGCAGAAAGACAAGCACUAAGAGAAAAUGUAUAUCCUAAACUGAGAGAAUUCUGCAGAGAAAACUACGGAUUGGAAUUUCAGGUCAUAGAUUUGUACUGGGGAGUUGAUGAAGACGAAUGGGACAGCCCAGAGCUCCAGAAGACACGCAUGAAGCUGCUAGAAGAUUGCUUGAAAACUUCUGCAGGUCCAUGUUUUGUUGGACUAUUAGGUGAGAAAUAUGGGAACAUCCGAAUCCCUGGAGAAGUCGAAGCCUCAGAGUUUGAAAUGAUCUUGGAUGCUGCCAUGGAGGCCAAGUUGGAGACCAAGUUAAUGGAAGAGUGGUACUGUCGAGAUGAGAACUCUGUGCCUGCAGCUUAUUACCUCAGACCCAGGUCAGAAGUGCUGAGAAGCAACAAAAAUACAGUGCAGCCUUCUACCACUGCGGACAAUGAGAUGACGUGGAAAGAGAUAUCAGAUGAGCUCAAGAAGAUAUUUAAGGCUGCUGUAAAACUGUUACAUGAAAAGGGUAAAAUGAAACACAGCCAAGCUAAGAGGUACCUGUUCUCAGCCAUAGAGGAUGAGUUUGACUUCGCUCUAGGAAAGCAGACUCCAGCGUUCCUAAAGAAGUGCGUUUGCUACAUUAGGAAAAUUGCUAACAUUGAACGCUUUGUGAAAAUUCCAGAGAUGGGAAAAUACAUGGAUAUCACUGGAACAGAUCCCAGGAUUACUCGGGACCCAGAAGCUCAAGAGAAGCUGAUAAAACUUAGGGAUGAAUUUAUUCCUACUAUUGUUGCAUCAGCUAAUCUGAGAGUAUACACAUCAGUUACUCAUUGUGACAUGAAACUGGGCUAUUCCCAAGAAAUAGAAAAUCAUUAUAUAGAAGGACUUGGAAAACAAUUUUAUGAGGACAUGAUUGACAUAAUUCAGGCCACGGUGCAACAGAAUUUUGACACUGAAACAGAUACACUCUAUGAUGAAAUCCUUCAGCAUUCAUCAUUAUGUAAAACAUAUGCCUCCUUCUAUGAGUACAAAUGUGAGUCUCUAAAUGUUGUGCAUAAGUACAUUCUCCCAAGCAAAGCUGGGCAUGUCAGCCCUCUCAUUAUAUUUGGUGGACCAUGUACUGGGAAGACACUUCUGCUCGCUGAAGUGGCAAAGAAGGCCUAUGGCUGGCUUCAGGAUGACACAGGACCAGAUUCUGACCCUGUAGUCGUUGUGAGGUUCCUGGGGACUACAGACAUGAGCACCGACCUCAGGACUCUCCUCCUGAGUGUUUGUGAACAAUUGGCAGCUAACUACCGGUGUCUGGUUCAAAGCUACCCGAAGAAGAUCCAUGACCUCCGCGACUUGUUUAUAAACCUCUUGAAUGAAUCUUCCUUGCAGAGACCCCUAGUGAUAAUAUUCGAUGCCCUAGAGCAGCUCUCAGAGAACGAUGACGCCAGAAAGCUCUGGUGGCUCCCAGCUCACCUUCCCCGCUUUGUACGGAUAGUCCUCUCCACACUGCCCAACAAACAUGGGAUCCUGCAGAAACUCAAGUGCCUUAUCCACGAAGAAGACAACUACAUCGAGCUGAUUCCCCGGGACCGGAAGAUGUGCAGUCAGGUGCUCAAACACCAGCUGCUACGAGUAAAAAGGAAGGUCACGUCCGGCCAGCAGAUUUAUGUAAACAAUGCCUUCUCUAAGUGCACGUUGCCGAUGUUUGUGAACCUGACCUUCAGGGAGGUGAGACACUGGAGAUCUCACAAAGACGUCGAUGAGUCCUCCCUCUGCGUCACUGUUCAUGAGAGUAUAGAGCAGUUAUUCUGGUCCUUGGAGAAGAAGUGUGGUCAGAAACUCAUCUCCAGGGCUCUUGGUUACAUCACCCUGGCCAAGAUGGGUCUGAGUGAGAUGGAACUGGAGGAUGUCUUAGCCCUGGACAACACUGUUAUGAAUGAGCUCAAUGAGCACACCAGGCCCAACAAUCCCCUCAGAGUCCCUUAUCUGUAUAUCGCAAGGCUCAAGGAAGGACUCAAUGGAUACUUAGUAGAAAGACACGUCAAGAACGUCACACUGCUGGUCUGGGCCAACAGACACCUGCAUCUCAUAGCCCAGAAGCUAUAUCUGCAGGAAGACAGUGAUCUGCGUGAAAUGCACACCAUACUGGCAGAUUAUUUUCUAGGAGUCUGGUCAGGGGGCAGGAGGAAAGCGUUCUGCCUUGAAGACCCCUACCUGAAUGGCUGCCUUGACUUGGAGAGCAGAAGUCUGCUUGAGGAAGAAAAGCACUUCAUGGAGCAGGCUUCCUUUGACAGGCAGGCCCCAGACCAACCCUGGGUUUUCCAGUGCAACCCCCUGGAGCCAGACAUUUUCUUCGUUAACCAUCGGAAAAUGUCGGAGCUUCUGCACCAUCUGACAAGAUGUGGAAAAACCGAUGACCUGCUCUAUGGCAUCAUCAUGAACUUCAGCUGGCUUUAUACCAUGAUCAAAAUUGGCCAGUUUGAUAAAGUGCUUUCGGACAUUGAGCUGGCUUACAACUACUCACAGGAGAAGGAGCUCAAGUUUCUGGCAAGCACCCUCCGCAGCAUCAAAACCAAGGUAAUCGCAUUUCCUGGCUCGCUCUCAGCAGAGCUUCAGCAAAGACUGCUGCCUGUCGUAAGUUCCCUGCCCAAGCUAAGACACCUUCUUUUAGAAUGUGACAAAGAUGGGCCCAAGUAUUGUUCUAUCGUGCCCUUGCAUUCAUCCAUGGAUGUGACAUACAGCCCGGAGCGCCUGCCUUUAUCAUCCAGUCACCUGCAUGUCACAGAGAUUCUGCCUACCUGUAACCCGAGUACUGUCCUCACAGCUUUAGAGAAUGGUUCCAUCAGCACAUGGGAUGUAGAGAGCCGCCAGCUACUCAGGCAGAUCACUACAGCCCAGUCUGUCAUCCUGGGCAUGAAACUCACCAGUGAUGAAAAGUACCUCGUGGUGGCUACCACCAAUAACACCUUGUUGGUAUAUGACAAUGUCAACUCUUGUCUCCUGUCUGAAGUGGAAAUCAAAGGGACCAAGCAUGGAAGCAGCUCUACCUACAUCAAUGGAUUUACACUAUCAGUCAAACAUGCCCUAGCGUGGCUUGAAGCCAGCAAAGAUGUCACUGUCAUCGAUCUACUCUAUGGGUGGCCCCUCUACCAGUUCCAUUGCUGGUAUGAAGUAACCUGUGUCCAGUGCUCUCUGGACGGUGUGUAUGCUUUCUGUGGACAGUACCUGAACACGACCACCAUUUUUCACUUAGGGAGUGGAGAAAAGUUAUGUACAGUGACCUCUGAAUUCUCAGGAGGCUUUGUGAAGUUUCUUCUCAUCUUGGACACAGCUCAAGAAAUGGUAAUGGUGGAUAGCGAGGGCAGUCUUUCUGUUUGGAGUACAGAGGACAUUUCUAACCCCCAGCUGACCGAUGACUUUGACUGCCGAAGAGAAGACAGCGAGGUGGUCAGCAUUGAACUGUCGGAGGACCAGAGUGCCAUUCUGAUCUGUAAAGCUCUCAGCAUUGAGCUCUUGGAUACUGGUGUGUGGAAGGUGGCUGAGAAAUUCAGAGCCAAGCACAAUGAGCGUUUCAUAUCUGCUGUGCUGUCCAAAAAUGGAGACUGCAUCAUUGCGACCAUGGAAAAUACCUCAGCCGUGUUCUUUUGGAGGCGAGACACAGGACAAUGUAUGGCAAGCUUACAGGAGAUCUCAGGUACCAUAGUGAAAUUGGUAAAAUCCAAUCACCAUAACAUGCUUCUCUCUUUGUCAACCAGCGGCAUUCUUUCUAUUUGGGAUAUAGAUAUAAUCACAGCUAUGUCCAACAUUGAUAAGACAGGGAAACCCAUCCAAAGUCUGGUGUUGCCUGCCAGAGGGGAGAUCAUUUACUCCCUUGAUGGCUCUGACUGCGUUCAUAAGUGGAACUUCAGCAGUGGGUUCAUUGAAGCUGUAUUUAAGCAUGAAGGAACGGUUGAACACUGUGUGUUAACAUCUGCAGGGGACAUCAUGGUGACUUCAGAUGACAAAAGCAGCCAGUACGUCUGGCACACCAGCAGUGGGGAAAACCUCUUCCGAAUUAAUGGGCAGAGAAUAUCUCAGCUGCUGAUAACACACAAUGAUCAGUUUGUGGUAUCGCUGUGUGAGGAAAAUGCCUCCAGGGUGUGGAGACUGGCCACGGGCCACAGAGUCUGCAACAUCCUGACCACUUUGCAGAAUGCCUUUAUUACGUCUGCAAACACCUUUGUGGUGGGCAUGACAAAGAGCAAAGUGCUGGCAGUCAGUCUGUGGACAGGCAGUAUCACCAAAAAAUUUUGCUGUGAAGAUGGGACCACCAUUGUAAAUUUCAAAUUGAUCCCUGACUGUCCUGACAUCAUUGUGUUUAUCACAUCAGCUGAGACUGUCAACAUCUGGAGUCUGGCAGAUGAAGUGAUCUGCCGACGUGUGCAGCUUCCCAACAACUUCUUGAAAAAUCUUGAAGAUUUUGAAAUUUCUCCCAAUGGAAAGCUGGGCAUUAUAUCUAGAGGAGACGAAAACAUCAAUGUGCUGGAUUUACAUAGUGGUAAAUUACGGGUGGUUCAUGCCUCCGGGGUCAUCUGGCGUCAGAAGUUGUCUCGAGACGGUCGCUACCUGGUGUACAUCUGUUUCCGGAAUGGGGAGGAGGAGGAUGAAAAUGGUGCAAUAUCCAGUCUCAUCGUCAUGAGACUGGCAGAUGGCAAAAACAUCGGUGCUUGUUCUCUUUACAAAACACCCACUUUCCUUGCUCUCUCUCAGAGGCACCUGCACAUCAUUGUGGGCUUUGAUGAUGGGAGUAUAGGAAUCUACACAGUCGUGGACCGGGUGGAUGCUGCACUAAAAAUUAAAAUUGCCACUUCAAACAGCAGACAGAUUUUCAGUAAUGCAACACAGGCAUCCAGGCCAAAGUCUAACAGUUACUGCUUUAAGGUGUCUGUGGAUUGCUUAUGGAGAGAGUCUACUGAGGUCUUUGCCAGAGACAGCCCCAUCACAGUGAGCGAUUCUUCUGAGUCCAAUGAAGCCACACCCUCUAAGAAACACAAUUCUUGUUAUGACCGUGUAUGCUCCGCCCUAGAGUCCAGGGGCCACAGCUAUGCCCCUGACAACUGAUAAAGUGUUUUUCUUGCUCAAUAUACAUGAUCCACAUGCAAAAGACACCAAAAAUAAUGCAUCACCUAUAUCCCAAACGAUUGACUACCCAUUUCUUAAAGGACAGGAACGAUGCUGAAAUCCCAGUGUUGUGUUGAUGUGUUCAUGAAAUACACAAGGAUGUGAGAUUGAUUCAAGAUGGAAUAUUUUGCCAAAGUGCAUCUAAAAAUGAAGGGAUGAUAGAAAGUUUCUAGAAGUAAUAUUUAGA